ACGGGCGGCCCGCAGACGCUCGAGUCCUCGGGCGCAGGUCCAGCCCUUCCUCCCAGACCGCUGGGCGGCCGGAGAGCGCCAGGCCGGGGCGAAACGUGAAUCCGCGAGUGAGCCGUCUCUUGGCUUUCGCCGGGAUCCCCCCGACAGGUGAAGAUGCUGGAAGCAGAUCUGGUUUCAAAAAUGCUACGAGCUGUUCUACAGUCUCAUAAGAACGGAAUAGCAUUGCCCCGGCUCCAAGGAGAGUACAGGUCCUUGACCGGAGACUGGAUUCCCUUCAAGCAGUUGGGCUACCCUACACUAGAAGCGUAUCUGAGAAGCGUGCCCGCAGUUGUCAGGAUAGAGACUAGUAGAUCUGGAGAGAUCACCUGCUAUGCCGUGGCCUGCACAGAAACUGCAAGAAUUGCUCAGCUUGUGGCUCGUCAGAGGAGUUCUAAAAGGAAAACUGGGCGGCAAGUGAAUUGUCAGAUGAGAGUCAAGAAAACCAUGCCAUUUCCUCUGGAAGGAAAACCAAAAGCAACUCUCAGACAACCAGGAUUUUCUUCAGAUCUUUCUAUCAGCAAAAAACCUAAUCCAACACUGUUAAGAGACAAAGGAAACUCUCUUGGAGUCAAGUCUGAUGCUGAAAUGCCGCCCUACACAUUACACACAACUGUUGGAAGUGAUGUCUUCAAAGACGCUCCAGUGCAGAGGCAUGUGACCAUGUCUGCCAACAACAGGUUUAGCCCAAAGGCAUCCCUUCCGCCACCUUUUCAGAUGCAUCUCUCAAGAACCUGUACUAAGGAAAUGAGUGAUAAUUUAAAUCAGACUGUUGAAAAACCAAAUGUCACGCCUCCUGCCUCUUACACUUAUAAAAUGGAUGAGGUUCAAAACCGCAUAAAGGAAAUUCUAAACAAGCAUAACAAUGGUAUUUGGAUAUCUAAGCUUCCACAUUUUUACAAAGAGUUAUAUAAAGAAGAACUUAAUCAAGGAAUUUUACAGCAGUUUGAACACUGGCCUCAUAUUUGCACGGUGGAAAAACCUUGCAGUGGUGGUCAAGAUUUACUUCUUUAUCCAGCUAAGAGAAAGCAGCUUUUGAGAAGUGAACUGAAUGCUGAAAAAGUGCCUCCAUCUCCACUACCUGCUCCAAAACAAGUACCACCAUUAAAAGGCUGUCCAACAGCUAUGCCACGAGACUUUAAAGAGAAAGUUGCGGAGCUGCUGAUGAAAUACUCAAGUGGUCUUUGGGCCAGUGCACUCCCAAAAGCAUUUGAGGACACGUACAAAGUGAAAUUCCCUGAGGAUGCCUUAAAAAAUCUUGCCUCGCUUUCUGAUGUAUGCACCAUAGACUACAUUUCUGGAAAUCCCCAGAAGGCCAUUCUCUAUGCUAAACUUCCAUUACCCACUGAUGAAAUCCAAAAGGAUGCAGGGCAAGCGCAUGGCAAUUGUGAUAUCAAGUCUAUGAUUGAGCAAGAAUAUUUGCAGAUAGAAGAAAACAUUGCCAAAAUUGUUGAUACCUUUAUUGAGAAUGUAACAGUUCCUCCAUUAGUCAUUCCGUCUGAGGCCUCUCCAUCUGUAUUGGUGGUUGAACUGAGCAACACAAAUGAAGUGGUCAUCAGGUAUGUGGGCAAAGACUAUUCUGUUGCUCAGGAAUUAAUGGAAGAUGAAAUGAAGGAGUAUUACAGUAAGAACCCCAAGGUCACACCAGUCCAGACUGUGCAUGUUGGGCAGCUGCUGGCCAUAAAUGCUGAGGAGGAUGCUUGGUUACGGGCUCAGAUCAUCUCAAUGGAAGAGAACAAAAUAAAGGUAUGCUAUGUUGACUAUGGUUUUAGUGAAAAUGUUGAAAAGAGCAAAGCAUACAAAUUGAACCCAAAGUUCUGUUCACUCCCAUUCCAAGCUACAAAGUGUAAGCUAGCAGGAUUGGAAGUUCUAAGCGAUGAUCCUGGUUUAGUGAAGGUGGUUGAAUCUUUAACUUGUGGAAAGAUCUUUGCAGUGGAAAUACUUGAAAAAGCUGACGUUCCACUUGUUGUUCUGUACGAUACCUCAGGAGAAGAUGAUAUCAAUAUCAACGCCACCUGCUUGAAGGCCAUAUGUGACAAAUCGCUAGAGGCUCACCUUCAGGUUGAUGCCAUGUACACGAAUGUCAGAGUGGCAAACAUUUGCUCUGAUGGCACUCUCUACUGCCAGGUGCCAUGUAAGGGUCUGAACAAGCUUAACGACCUUCUGCAUAAGAUAGAGGACUACUUCCACUGCAAGGACAUGAUCAUCGUAAUCCAGAAUAUGCUAUGGUUUUCAGCCCUGACCCCUGCCCCUCACAUGACCUCCGAGUACUUCGUUUCAUUACCCUUCUGUGGGAAAAUCUGUCUCUUCCAUUGCAAAGGAAAAUGGCUCCGAGUAGAGAUCACCAACGUUCACAGCAGCCGGGCUCUUGACGUUCAGUUCCUGGACUCCGGCACCGUGGCAUCUGUAAAGGUGUCCGAGCUCAGGGAGAUUCCCCCUAGGUUUCUGCAAGAGAUGAUCGUGAUCCCACCUCAGGCUAUAAAGUGCUGCUUAGCAGAUAUCCCACAGUCUAUUGGCAUGUGGACACCAGAUGCUGUGCUUUGGUUGAGAGAUUCUGUUUUGAAUUGCUCGGACUGUAGCAUUAAGGUUACAAAAGUGGAUGAAACCAGAGGGAUCGCAUAUGUUUAUUUAUUUACUCCUAAGAACUUCCCUGAUCCUCAUCGCAGCAUUAACCGUCAGAUUACAAAUGCAGACUUGUGGAAGCAUCAGAAGGAUGUGUUUUUGAGUGCCAUAUCCAGCGGAGCUAGUUCUCCCAACAGCAAGAGCGGGAACACCCCCAUUUCAGGCAACACUGGAGAGAAUUUCAGAAAGAGCCUCACAGAUGUCUUCAAAAAGUCUGUGAUGGACCACACCAGCUCUUUCUCCAUGGAGGACCUGCCACCUCCUAUCCACUUAUCAAAGCCAGGGGAACACAUGGAUGUGUACGUGCCUGUGGCCUGUCACCCAGGCUACUUUGUCAUCCAGCCAUGGCAAGAGAUACAUAAGUUGGAAGUUCUGAUGGAAGAGAUGAUUCUAUAUUACAGUGUGUCUGAGGAGCGCCACAUAGCGGUGGAAAAAGACCAAGUGUAUGCUGCAAAAGUGGAAAAUAAGUGGCACAGGGUGCUUUUAAAAGGAAUCCUGACCAAUGGACUGGUGUCCGUGUAUGAGCUGGACUACGGAAAGCACGAAUUAGUUAACAUAAGAAAAGUGCAACCCCUGGUGGACAUGUUCCGGAAGCUGCCCUUCCAGGCGGUCACGGCUCAGCUAGCAGGGGUGAAGUGCAACCAGUGGUCCGAGGAGGCUUCGAUGGUGUUUCGAAAUCAUGUGGAGAAGAAGCCUCUGGUGGCGCUGGUGCAGACGGUCAUAGAGAACGCUAACCCUUGGGACCGGAAGCUGGUGGUCUACUUGGUGGACACGUCGCUGCCAGACACGGAUGUCUGGAUUCAUGAUUUUAUGUCGGAGUAUCUGGCAGAGCUUUCAAAAGUUAAUUAAUCACAGCUUCUGAGACCUUAACAACUAAUUCAGAUUGUUUAGCAAUAACAAAAUGUAGUAGGCUUUAAAAAAAAUCUUCUCUCUGCUACAUGGCUCUGACUGCUGUGGGGGAUUGAAAAGAAAAUGCUUAUGUUUGAUGAAAGAUAUUUAACAAGUUUUGUUUUAACAGAGUUGACUUUUCAAGAAAAUUGCACUUGAAUUAUUACUAUAAUAUUAGAAUAAAAAUGUUUAUCAAUAUAAAAA